ACACAAUAUUUUGACGUAUGUGAGCACGUGGUGGUUAAAAACCAAUCGAAUGUUUGAGGUACCCCGUGUACAGAAGUGCAUCAUGGGAGCGAGGUUUAUGUAAAUGCAAAAUGGCAGCUUACCGACCGAAAAUACUGGGUCAGGUCCAAGCUACUUUUCAGUAUUUUCGUGCAUUAAAAUGUCGAUCCGGCUCAGCGGUAACUAAGACGCAUAAUGCCCCUCGAUAUCUGCGGGCGUAUACCACUGGCACGCUGCCAGCAGUGAAAGUCUGUCCCGUACAGAAGGACAGUCGGCUCUUUGGAAGAUGUGCCUUCUUGCUUGGAGGAGGUAUCGGGUUGUACAGUGCAUUAAAAUUAUCCAUACAACAGCAUUUUGCAGAGGAAGAACUGAUUCAUACUCUGCGGACAACACCAAGGCUAACGCUUUACCAGUACAGGACGUGUGCCCAGUGCAGCAAACUCCGGGCCUUCCUGGACUAUUAUGGCCUGCAGUAUGACACUGUGGAAGUCAACCCCAUUAUGCGCCAAGAGAUUAAAUUUUCCAGCUCCAGCAAAGUUCCCGUUCUUGUGAUCGAGGGUGAGGAGAGUUUGGAAUUAAAUGAUGCCUCUGUGAUCAUGAGUGCUUUGAAGACGUGCAUGAUUGAUAAGAGUAAAACAAUAUAUGAGGUUAUAACAUACUAUCCUCAGUUGACCUCCAGGAACAUCUUGGGGAUCGAAAGUUCAGAAUUCACCAACAGGCACUGGGUGAUGCUGAACGAGAUCGCAAUUGAACUCCACUACCCUGAUAAAGCCGCCAGGAGGGAUGAGGUGCGAUGGCGCCACUGGGCAGAUGACUGGCUCCUGUGCCUACUGGCCCCCAAUGUGUAUCGCACUCCCUCUGAAGCCUUGGCUGCGUAUGAGCGCAUUGUGAAUGAAGGAAACUACGGAUCUGUGGAAGGCGUGGUUCUCAAAUACGUGGGGGCUUUCACAAUGUACUUCUUCUCCAAGCUGCUCAAAGUCUGGUACAGAAUGGAGAACGAUGUGAGACAGGAUCUAUACAACGCUGCUGAAGAAUGGAUGGCUGCCAUUGGGAAGAAAAGAAAGUUCUUGGGAGGCGAAAGGCCAAAUCUGGCUGAUAUUUCUGUGUACGGAGUAUUGGGUUCCAUUGAAGGGCUUCAGGCUUUUGACGAUGUUAUGACUCAUACGAGGAUAAGGAAAUGGUACAGGGCCAUGCAGAAGGUGAUCCGGGAGCACGGAGGACAAGACUGAUGACAUCACCCAUAUGGCCUGCAUCGAUAUGGCCUUCCUCAUCAUGAAGAAAGCCAGCCACAUAGUUUUAUAUGUGAAUGGACAAACCUGUAAUCUUUUACACAUCAGUGUGUAUCACAGUUAAGUGACUUCAAAAGUAAUGGUGCUUUCAGCGACAACCUUAAAAUUCUUGAUGUUAUUUAUUAACUGAAGAUCUGUCACUGAUCUGUAUAUAACGCUUGAUAAGUCUAUAUAUAAAGAUGAGAAUGUAACAUGACCGUUGAACCUAAAAAUACAUUUUUUUAAAUCAUACAACUGGCUCAUGUCUGUGCAUUAAUGCAAUGUUUGGUAUAUUUGCUACAUAUGUACAGUUGCUGGAAUUAAAUACAGUAAUACGUUGCAUGUGG